CCCAGCCCGGGCGCCGCCUCCAACCCGCCGCAGUCCCCGCCUUCGACCACGCCCCCUGCUCAGGCCACGCCUCCCGCCGCCGCCCCUUCCUCCUCCUCCUCCUCCUCCUCCUCUUCCUCCUCCUCCUCCACCACUACGGCUUCGGCUGCUGCUUCGGCGGCGGCGGCGGCUGCUGCAGAGGAGCCCGCCCCCACCCCCCGCCCGCCGUCCCUCCCACCACAGCCCCCGGCCGCCGGCAACCAGACGGGCCAGUAGGGCCCGUCUGGGUACUGCAGGGUCUAGUAGAGCCCGGGCCAGCCCGUCAGGGUACUGCAGGGUCUAGUAGAGCCCGGGCCGGCCCGUCAGGGUACUGCAGGGUCUAGUAGAGCCCGGGCCGGCCCGUCAGGGUACUGCAGGGUCUACACGUGUUCCCGUUUUUUUUUUUUUGUUUUUUUUUCUUCUAUAUUAUUUUUAAUUCCUUCUCCGGGCACAUUAGGUUGGAUGAAAGUCGUCUUUCUUGUGAAAUGCCACCACAUGACAUGUGUCACGUCCCCAAACAGUCCCAUCCCAACACGUAUCGAGGUCCCCCCCCCCCCACACACACACAGUCACGUCCACACACACCCGGGGCUCCAGGCUCUCGGUUGGUUCCCAUCCGAGGACUCGGCUGUGGUCACCCGCCACACACACGUGUCUGACCGAUCUGGCACGAGGCUGACCAAUCGCCUUGCGGCCCGGUUUCGGCUCGGUUGUUGACAUCCUCGUCCCAGAUUCCCUGAUUCUGUCCUGCAUACACACAUCUUAGAACUGUCAGAACCCACUCCUACUUCAGUGUGUGUGUGUGUGUGUGUGUGUGUGUGUGUGUGUGUUUCUGUUCCUCAUGGUCGGUCCAGUGUGAACGGACCUCAAUAGAAGCUAAUAUCCCUCUAGUCAUUUUUUGCUUUUAUAUAUUAUUUCUUCUGUUCUCCCCUUCUUUGAAUCCAACCCACGCAAUCGUUGAUUCAGGAUAACGAAAACCGUUUUGUAGAAUCGUUUCUUGUUUGUUGACUUCCUUGUAGGCAGACAUAAAUGGUCUGUAGCCUUUGUCCAAAUAAAUCUGGGUCUGACUCCUGCCUGUUUUUUAAACUAAACGUGGAAGUAUUGGUUUUUCGGGUGGCUCUUUCAUGCAUUCCUAGAGAAAUAUCUGUUUUACAACUCGCUCCUGUUUUGCAUAAUGCUACCAAUGGACUCCCAAUAGGAUGCUAUUCUUAUAAUAUAUUCAAUAUUCAAAUUUGGUUUGUGAGUAUUGGACUCAAGUUUGAAAGAAAUAUUUUCACUGUGCGACACCCAAACUUUAUAUCUAGAUUCAAUUAAAAUGUUUUUAGAUUUGGAUUAAUGGUCAAAACUAUUGAAGUUGCAUUAAAAUACUUUUUUUUUAUCAUUAUUUAGUUUUUGUAGAUGUAACUAAUCCCCCCCCUCACAACAUAAGCCCGACAAACUACAGGACUCAUUCCUAUAUCGACCUCUUGAGCAUCGAAAUGUUAUUUUCCUUACUUGAAUGGGGCGGUUUUUAGUAUUAAGGCUCUUCAUUUUUUAUUCUUUAUUUUGUACAUUGUUAUCUUAUGCCUAUUAAAAGAUGACCUCUUUCUUUCAGUGGUGUGUGGUUUAUUUGAAUGAAUCAAUCUUACACUCGCAAUCCAAUAGAAAAUGUGAAUAAAUAUCAGAACGUAUCUAGUGCGUAUUUAUAAGAUUGAAGCUGGUGAGGUCAUAUCGGAGGCGCAAAUGAUCGGUGGAAGUUUAUUCGAUUACAAUAACGACUGUUAUUGUCCUAUACGGCCAUUUACCAUGUUUGAGCCAUAUCGGGUUUGGCCACAGGAACAGUCCCCAGAGGCGGCUAUGUGCGCAUCUUCGUCACCAGCUACACACGCCUGUGGAGGAAAGGCGCACUGAGUCUCCGCGUAUUGCAUAUAGUUAUCACAGUAGUAGAGUCACAGUUACAACUUAUUAUAGACAUAAUAAUGAGCUCCAGGAAUAGCGCGCAGUGCUUCACCGUCACCCUACUACUUAUUUCCCAGAGUCUGCAGAUUCCCAGAGUCGCGGCGGAAUAUUCUUCCUCUAAAAGCGACUCGGACUACGAGUUCGGUGACUACCGGGGAAAGUGGUGCAUCGACGACCACGGCUUCGUGUACGCCAUCGGAGAAGUUUACAACCCGAGCCCCACGGCGUGCCCGUGCACCUGCACCGUUGACGGCCCCGUGUGCGUGCGGCCCAAGUGUCCCCGCGUGCACCCCCGGUGUACCCGCAUCAGGUACAAGGCGUGCUGCCCCGUGUGCGAGGCGGUGGCCAAGGUGUGCGUCUACGGGGGCAAGACGUACCGGCUCCUGGAGGAAUUCAGGUUGUCCCGCUGCGAGCGUUGUCGCUGCGAGGCCAACAGAGAGGUGUACUGCUCCAUCUCCGACUGCCCCGCCCCCCACUGUGUCGACCCCUCCUUCGAGCCCAACCAAUGCUGCCCGGUCUGCAAGUCCGGUCCCAACUGUUACGCCGGGAGCCAGAUAAUCCCUGCAGGAGAGCGAGUGGACAUGGACAGAACCGUGUGCUACUGCACUUACCGGGAGGGAUCCUGGCACAUCCACCCCCAGGCCACCUGCGAGGACCAGCCCCCGGACAGCCCUCCUCCAGCCACGGAGGCGGAGGUCCGCAGGAGCAACGACGAGGAAUACAGAGGCAGGGGGUUCGGCCCCCGAUGGGAGGCGAUACCUUGACCCACUGGUGACGGCCCCGUGCACCAAUUACACCGGAUCACAAGUCACUUCCUUGAUAGUCACCCCCCCCCCCCCACCCCAGUAGUUAGAGUUCAUCACUGCACUCUUGUCAACCAC